AUGUCCCGCAUUCUGACUCAGUACCACGCGAUGCCUGCUGACGUGGCAAUGGAAAGGCUGAUCCUUGGGCUUUCCACUACCAAGCGAAUUCUGCCCACAAUUGCUGCAUUUGAUAGUUAUGGCAUCCCGCCCCGCUUCGCUAUUGACAUGGUUCAGAAAUUCCCUCAUCUCUUCAAUUACAGCUGGAAUAAUAACUUAAUGCCAAAGCUACAGUACCUGGAUGAAGUAGGGAGGGGUAUCGACGAGGCGGUUCAGCACCCACAGUAUUUCGGGUACAGUUUGGCUCGGCGAAUUCGGCCGAGGCUCGGCGGUGUGGCUCGGGCUGGCCUGCAUGUGAGCCUGAGCUUUGUGUUGCGACUGAAGGACGAGGAUUUUGAGCGGCUGUAUGGUGAUGUGUGUAGGGACGAAGUAAGGGGAGGAGAUGGCGCACAGGAGCAAGGGUCAUGCAUUUGA